AGUGAAGAGUGAAGGUAGUUAUAGAAGCAGGCAGGCAGCAGAGCAACCUCAUCCAGGGAAAGAAUCAACCAUGGGAGGCCGAAGUCGAUCCCGCACGAAGAGGAAACACUUCCGGCAUCCUAGAGAUGAAGGCCGGAAACGCCUGAAGUCGGAUUCCCAGAAACCGCCUGACAGAGCCCCGUCAGUCGAUGAUGAAGCUAACGGGGACGCCACCAAUAGUAACCCCAUAACGGAGCCUUUCUCCAAGCACAAUCUUUCAUUCGAAGAAUACUACAAGGAACAAGGCAUUGUGUCGCCGGAAGAGUGGGACACUUUCAUUGAAUAUCUCCAAACACCGCUCCCUGUUGCUUUUAGAAUCAAUUCCAGGACGCAGUGUUAUAUGGAUAUUAGAUCAAUGUUAGAGGAUGAUUUCAUGAACUCUCUUCAGGCAGAGAUUUCAGAUGGGAGUGAAGUUGAGGCAAUUAAACCUUUGCCUUGGUACCCAGAUAACCUUGCUUGGCAUUCCAAUUUCUCUAGGAGCCAGUUGAGAAAGAAUCAAACUCUUAAGAGGUUCCACGAAUUCUUGAAACUACAAAAUGAAAUUGGCAACAUUACAAGACAGGAAGCUGUUAGCAUGGUUCCUCCACUGUUUCUAGAUGUACGUCCGGAUCAUUUUGUUCUUGAUAUGUGUGCAGCUCCUGGUUCCAAAACAUUUCAAUUGCUUGAGAUGAUAUACCAUGAGGGUGUUCCUGGAUCACUACCUACUGGAGUGGUGAUAGCAAAUGAUGUUGAUGUGCAAAGGUGCAACCUUCUUAUCCACCAAACAAAGAGAAUUUGCACUGCCAACUUAAUUGUCACAAAUCAUGAAGCCCAACAUUUCCCCAACUGUCAUUUGUAUAGACAUCAUCCCAACAGUUCCGAGAUCAGGAGCUUUGAGGUUCCUGAUAUCACUCAGCAUCUAUUUGAUCGUGUUUUAUGUGAUGUUCCGUGCAGUGGGGAUGGUACUUUACGCAAGGCACCUGGCAUUUGGAAGAAAUGGAAUGUAGGAAUGGCCAAUGGUCUGCAUGGUCUACAAGUUCAGAUAGCGAUGAGAGGUAUUUCUUUGCUUAAAGUUGGUGGACGGAUGGUUUAUUCCACUUGCUCGAUGAAUCCUAUUGAGAAUGAAGCUGUGGUUUCUGAGGUUCUGCACAGGUGUGGACAGUGUGUUGAACUUCUUGAUGUCUCCAUUGAGAUUCCUCAUCUAAUUCGCCGCCCAGGUCUUAAAAAAUGGAAGGUUAAGGAUAAAGAAGUGUGGUUAAAUUCUUACAAAGAUGCUCCAAAACCUCGCAGAGGUUCAAUUGUUCCUGGAAUGUUUCCUUCUCAGUGUAACUGGAGUUUUGAAAAUGUGAUACACAUGGACAAAGAACACACAACUUCCACUAGCAUCCUGGAAGAGGAAGUAUCUACAUUACCUUUGGAGCGCUGUAUGAGAAUAGUGCCUCAUGAUCAGAACACUGGAGCCUUCUUUAUUGCUGUCUUUCACAAGCUUUCAAAUCUGCCAGAGAAGUCAAAUGCUGAGAUUAAAGAGGCUUCAAAAGGUUUGGAAGUGAAGUCAGCAUGUACUGGAAGUCUUCAAUUUCCUGAAGAAACAAAAAAUGCAGGUUUACAUGACAAAGAAACAGAUGAUCCUGCUUAUUACAAUAAGUCUGACAAAAAAUAUCAAGAUAAUGAAGCUGAUGACGUCCACCUUUGUGGUAACACUAGUGCUAGUCCAGAGAUGGUGGGAAGAACAAAGUUGCAGAUUCAGGGCAAGUGGAGAGGGGUUGACCCAGUUAUCUUUUACAGGGACAAUGAACUUACUAGUAAGAUCAAAGAUUUCUAUGGUAUUAAAAAAUCCUUUUCGUUUGAUGGAAAUCUCGUUACAAGAAACAGUGACACUAAGAAUGUGAAGCGAAUAUACUAUGUAUCCAAGUCUGUGAAGGAGGUUCUUGAACUCAAUCUUCUUGCUGGGCAGCAGCUUAAGAUAGCCUCAGUUGGUCUGAAAAUGUUUGUAAGACAGCCAUAUAAAGACGGUGCAUCUGCACCCUGUGUGUUUCGCAUUUCAUCUGAGGGAUUGCCGCUGUUGCUGCCGCACAUAACGAACCAAGUUUUAUAUGCAUCUCUCUUGGACUUCAAACAUCUAUUGCAGUAUAAAAUAAUCAAGUUUGCCGAUUUUGUUGAUUCCAACUUUAGAGAAAAGGCUUCUACUCUAUUAUUGGGUUUCUGUGUGGUGGUUUUAGAUAAUAAAGAUGAGCAGACCGCAAUUGGAUGCUGGAGAGGAAGGACUAACAUAUCUGUGAUGGUCUCUUCCCUUGAUUGCCAAGAAUUAUUAGAAAGGAUGGAUAAGUACGUGAAGGAGGACAUGGUGUCGUCUUUACAUUGCAACGAUCAAUCUUUUGUUAAGGCAGAAGAUCAGACAAGAGUUGCUGUCGUGCCGAAUCAAAUGCCCAAAUCACUUGGGGCUUUAGGGUAAUUUAUUGUACUUUCCAUUUACACUUUUGUUUUGUGAGGCAUUAUUGCUUGUCUGCAGACAUACUUUCUGACCCUUUCCUGCAGAUUUCAUGAUUUUAUAUUUUGUGAACUUAAGGAAUGUGGACAGAUGGUUUUUGACACGUGAUAAUUUCUUGCUGAAAUGUUGUACUCCGUAAUAUAACAAAAACAGUGUGUUGAACAGUUGAAGUAUUUUAGUCAUAUGUGAUACGUGAGAACCCUUUUGUUAUGAGUUGUGUCCAAGUUAUG